UAAUAUAUGUCCAGUUAUUGUUUUAAUACACGGUGUUUCGUAGACAUGGCACAGAGUACGCACUACGAAUUAAUGAUAGUCUUUAUAUAAAGUAAUCAGUAACUUAAUCACAAAAGUCACAACUCACAAGUCACAAGUCAUAACUCAUAGGUCACAACUCAAAUUCCAAACAAUAAUUGCGCUCUGUUUGAAAUGCGAACUACGAAAGUUAAAAAAUAUUUUUUUUGUAAUUUUACAUAAUUCUGUAUUUAUUGUUAGUACUUAGUAUUUCAAUUCGUUUUAUAGCACUUCCUACAUAAUGCUGACACCGAGCUUUAAGCUGUCGCAAGAUGAAAACCACGUGUUUAUCAGUGUGCAUGCACCAUACACAAACAUUGGAGAAACUGAUAUUGAUGUUGACGGAGAAAAUGUAUUAUUUGUGUCCAGUCCCUAUUUUCUCAGACUUCGACUACCUGGUCGAAUUCUAGAAAACGAACAAUCUAAAGGUUCAUACAUAUGCGAUUCUGGUGAUUUUAAUCUUACUUUCGAUAAAGAAAAUCCUGGAGAGCAUUUUGAAAAUUUAGAUAUGAUUACGAGUCUACUAGCCCCACGAGACAUACCAAAUUUGAAUCCGAAUCUAGUGGAAAUGUUGGAAGAGGAUGGCAUUACAAUUGAACAUGAGGAACAAGAUCAAGGAACAAGUAAUCAGUAUGGAUAUGGCUUUGCAUGUAAAAUUACAACAAAAUUUCAUGACAUAGGCAAUGAGUUUCCUCAAAUUUUUGCACUAAAAGUUCCAGAAGAAGUCAGUAUUCAAGAAAGACAUGAGUUAAGGAAAAAGUAUGAAAACCUGAAAUUUUCCUCUGAUCAUUACUUAGCAGAUCUAUAUGAUGAUGAACUUAUUAAUCCAUAUUUAACUUCUAAAAUGCAGUGGGAUGAAAAAAGCUUUGAUGACAAUGCUGCUUUCACGGAAGAUCAGAUAAGUCUCCUAAAAGAACUCCCCAAUAAGCAUUAUAUAUUAACUAAAAGUGAACAUAAACAAGUAUUUUUAAGUUUAGUUGACAUUUUAUAUGGAUAUUGCUAUGACAAAAGAACAACAUUAAAUGAAAGCACAGUUGAAUCUAGUUGGACGAUAAACAAAAUGUCUUCUACUUUGAGUUGGUUUUGUAUAUAUAAUGAUAUGAAAGAUGUUUUAGUAUCCUGUUAUAGGAGAGCUCUAAUUUUUCCAAUAUUCAGAAACUUUGAACUAUGUCACAAAGUCAAAAGUGAUGUAGUUUUACUUUUAAAAAAGAAUAAAAAAUGUGUUAUAAAAUGCUUGAUUGAUAUACACAGCAUGUUUAAUACAAGUAAUGAUGCUAGGUAUAUCCUAAAUCAGUUGUACAUUAAUGACUAUUUAAUAUUUCUACAAAAGUGUAGGUCUGAAGAACUAAUAGAAUUGUCUCAUAAUUUAGCUAAUAUUGAUAUAAGUAAAGCAGAUUUGUCUUUAGAAUUAGAUGAACUAGAGGCAGCUGCAGAAAUGGUCUAUCAAGAGGAAACACAAGUCACAGAGAAUGAAAUGGCUUUAAAAAUGGCAUCAAUGUCUCUAUUACCUAAAUCAAAGGGAAAUGCAGUGUUUUAUAAUGAUAGUUCAUCAUCAAGUAGUGAUUCCUCAAAUUCGUCAGAUCUUGAUUCUGAUGAUGAUUCAUCUUCCAGUGGUGAUCCAUCAGAUUUAUUGUCAAUACAAGAUAAAUUUGUGAUAAGGACUGAUUAGCAAUAUAAUAUAAACAAUUUGUUUUAAUGUGUUUGACUAAGAUGUGCUAUGAAUGUAUUCUAAAAUACAAACAAUAUUUUUUAUACUAAUAUCUAUUGUAUAGAUGUAUAGGUGGUAUUCACUAGACACUAGUAUUUUUACAUUUCAAUGUAAUAAUGUAUAUAAUAUGUUUUAAAUAUAUAUAAAGAUAACAAUUCACAUUGUACAAUAAAGGUCAUACUUUUAAAAACUCCUUUUAUUGUGUCACUUCCAAAUGACAAGACUGCUUCAAUAGUAACAUAAUUCAGCUU